AUAUGCUGUUGAUAAAUAUUGUAGAAUGACAGAAGACAGUAAGAUGAAUUUUAAAUAUAGAAAUUAAAGACCUACGAGGGCGUUCAUUCCGAAUGAAGGAUGAAGAUUUUGGAAAAUAAAAAUUGAUCAAAGCAAGUGAUGAACUACUAAUAUAUUAUAUAUUUCUAUGGUAAUAGAUGAAGAGCAAAAGCCACAUAAAUGUCACAAUAUGAAAUGUUAUACACAUAUCCAUAAAAACUGAUUUUAUAUUUAUACAUAAAAUUUACGUUUUAAAUUAGUUUUUAUAAAACAUAUACCAUGAAUAGAACACAAGGUAGGCCUUUUGGUCCUGAUGGAUGUCAAGUACCUGUCGGUAAGGGUAUUUGUGGUGAAACAAGGACAUUGGAUAUAAUAAAUGAAUUUAAAAGACUCUAUGAAGAAAAAAUCAAAGAAAUAGAUAACGCUGGUGGUGGAGAUUGUAUGCAGGAAAAAAUUAAGCUCCAGCAAGACUGGAUUGGUGACCUAACAGAACAGAAUGAAAUGCUCGUAAGAGCUGUUGAAGAAUUGGAACAUGAAGCUACAGAAAGAGUAAAUAUGCUGGAAGACAAAUUACAGCAAAGUGCUCAAUGCAUCUGUGAGGUGAUGAACAGAUACAGGGAAUAUGAUGUCACAAGUGCCAUACUGAAAGAACCACAACAAAAAAUAUUCAAUCUGGAGAAUGACCUGAAGAAUUUAAUGGAAUUUAUAAGGCGCAUACGCGAAGAUAAUGAAUGGAGUGUAGGAGGUUUAAAAUUUUAUGAAAUAUCCUAUCAGGACCUUUUCGGAAAAAAUGGCGAAGCAGAUUUUUUUGUGACAAAAAACAAUAUUUCUAGGUCUUUAAUUGGUGAUAUCAUUAAGGAGGAGAAGAAAGUCAAAGAUAGAGAAUGCAAAAUUCAGGAAUUGCAAAUGAAAAUUGAUGAUAUCGAAAUUCUAACUAGAGAACUUCAAUCAAAAAAAGAAGAGUGUGAUACUUUGCAACAGAAUAUGGUUGACAUGAGACAAGCUUUGACAGAAGAGGUUGCUUCCAAACAUGAUACAAUACUGAAACUGAAGAGGGAUUGUCAAGAAUUAGAAGAUAGGUGUAUACAAGCUGAUAAACAAAUAGCUUUCAAAGAUGAUAUAAUCAGGGAAUUAAGGAAAGAAAUAAAACAGCUGAAACACCAGGUUACACAAGACGAAAUCGGUAAUUUGACUAGAACGAUAGAUGAACUUCAAGGUACUUUGCAGAAAACAAAGCAACUGCAAGAAGACGAAGAAAAUAAAAAUGUUCAAAAAAUCAACACAUUGAAAAAUAUGAUUGAAGAAUUUGAAAAUAAAUUGAAAGAAGCUCAAGAAAAGACCAAGGUAUGUAAAAUCUGCAGAGGACGUUCCAGAGUGGGAUUUGCAGAUAACACAGAGGUAAGGAAUUCGAAUCCAUACAAUUUUACACAAGCUUUCAAACAGGUUAUUGUAGUUUAA